UAGGGCUCAGAAGACCUAAUAUCAUACAAUAAAACCAAACCAUUUGCUGUACCAACACCCAUGUGUAAGGGACCAUCCAUAUUUAAAGCAGUUAUAGAUGGGAAGUUCUCUGAGGUUACACUGCAAAAGAAAUCAUAUGUUCAGAAUAACCAAGAAGUUGAUUGAAACUUGGGUGAAUAUGACUGAAGAACUAAGGCUCUUGAUUUCUAUAUCUGAAGCAAAUCAAGUCAAUUCUACAACCAUAUUCAAUGAUGCAAAGAAUGAGAAAAAAAUGAGAACCUUCUUGAUACUCAGAAUUAAGGAUGGAGAAAAUGAUGACCUGACUGAGAUAGUUCCGAAAAAUUAUUCUGAAGAAUCCCGUGGUCAUCACAAAUAUUGUUCAAAGAGUGAUUUUUAUCUGGACUUUCGAAAAUUGCAUUGGAGUAACUUCAUAAUUGCUCCUGAAGGAUUCAUGGCUUAUGAUUGUCUAGGAAAAUGUACAAAAGGCAUAACGCCGAUAUUUUUUCCAAUAACUUGAAAAUGCUUACGACAUUUCAAGAUAUAGAAAAAAGGUC